CUUCACGCGCUGGCCAAAAACACUGCAGCCAUCUUGCCCCGCGCACCAAGAGUGAGUGAACUGUGAAAUUCGGUCGGUUGGCUCGUCGUAAACCGCGUUAUCGUUCUCCCAAUAGUGACGCUGCGCAAUUCCGACACCGAAUCGCCAUUUGGGUUUGUGUAAACUCGUCGGCGACCGCGUAAUAUUUGACGGAGACCGUUCGUCUCCGAACACGAUGUCGUUCCGUCCCGCGCGUCCCCUGGAAUGACAGCUGAAGCCAUUGGUACCGCCUUUUAGAAUGCGCAGCGGCCAAUCACAGCUCGCGGAAAUCCCUGAGCCGAGACGUUUCGCCGUUGUGCGCACGCGCACGUCAGUCUCGGGGUAAGUCCCUAGCUUCUCACAAGCUCGCAGGAGUGUGAAGAUGGCGGUUGGCUCCGGUCCGUUGGAUGAGCCUUUUUUACACACAGAGGUGAAUACAGCGGUAGUUUGUCAUCCCGUGCCGUCUGUAGAGUCACACCUGUCGUUCUCGUGGCACAACAACCACCGGUGUCGGCACGAGGCAGCCCGUAAUUACAUGGCUAUAGUUCCCGGUCAGCGGGGUAGCGCGAGCUAAUGUCCAGCUGGGACUUGGUCAAGACGAUUGCCAGAGCAGGUACGCUGUAACUACUAAUGUUGUUUUCCUCUUUGUCUCUCCGGGUAUAUACACAUAAAGAAACCGCCGGGCCGACUGAGAUAAAAAGAAGCCCCAAAAGAAACUAAAAACUGUCAAGAAUUUUUGCCCCCAUCACAAAAUCAAGAUCCGUCCGUGCUCCUUCCAAACAAGUUGAAGUUGCGGAGUGGAGAGGGGGGUGCAGGGGGGUCUCAUCAUAACGAGGUCCCCCAUGGUUCGACCAUGGAUGCGUCGACGGCCAGCACGGACUCCACCGCGGGACGCGACCCCGACAAAACACUUGUUGCUAGCGGCGCCGUGACUCCGCUCACGAACCACCGGGGGAAAGUCGGCUCGCACUCGGCGCAGACUUUCAACGGGAGCCAAAUUAUGAACUCUCACUAUUCAGGAAGUGCCGACUCUCUCGCGGGGGCGACGCCGACAAGUGUCAGUGGCGGUAACGGCGUCGGUACCGUGAUAUCCGUCACCGGUGGACCGGCGGUGUCAAAAGGGCUGAGCGGCGCAAUAAUAACGCACCCUUCGUCAAACAGCGUGAUUCAGACGCCGCUCGUGAACCCGCAGAGCGUCGUGGUCUGUGCGGCUCAGCCAGCGGGGCUCGCCAGGCCGCCCGCGCAACCCGCGGGCUCGGGUGCAACUUUGAACGGGACAAACGACGCCGGUCGAGCCGCGGCGGUCAGCGCAACGGGUCACGCGGGUUUCGGCACCCGGACCCCGCUUGUAAACGUCAGCCAGCCGUCCAACCCGGUGCCCUUCGGCGCCGGGUCGCACAUAAUCAAGGCUGAGCCGCCCGCAACAAUAAUGCAGUCGGUCCCGCCGCCGGCUGUCACUCCUGGUGCCGUCGGCGUUCCCCGGUUCCCGUCGACGGUGGCGAGCGGUCCCGGCGGGAUCCGAGCCCCGACGCCCCAGAUGUUGGCCCCGAGGCUACCCCACACCUCACCGGGACAGAACAGUAUCGGCCUGCAUAACAUCCAGCUCCCCCCUGGGAUGGUGCUUGUGCGCAGUGAGAGUGGACAGCUGCUGAUGAUUCCUCAGCAGGCUCUGGCCCAGAUACAGGCCCAGGCACAGGGAGGCAUGGCACCUCGGACCGCUACUCCAACAAGCAUGCCUCCUGGGCAGGCUCCUGGAAACAUCAUCAGACAAGUCGCCCCCAGCACAAUCCGUCAAGGCUGUCCCGCCCCGGCGCCACUCGCUGCGACCACCGCUCUUCACAGACCUCCCAUCCUUCAGAGCUCAGUUGGGGUUGCAGUACCAGGAAUCACCCCCAGGACUGUCAGCCAAACAGCUGGGACCACAAUAACAAUAAGCAAAGAGACGUUGGAGAACGUGAAGAAAUGUAAGAACUUCCUGUCCACAUUGAUCAAGCUGGCAUCCAGUGGGAAGCAAUCCACAGAGACUGCAGCCAGUGUGAGAGAGCUGGUCAAGGACCUGUUGGAGGGCAGACUGGAAGCGGAGGAUUUCACCAGCAGAUUGUACAAAGAGCUCAACUCCUCACCCCAACCUUACCUCGUGCCUUUCCUCAAGAGAAGCCUCCCAGCCCUGAGGCAGCUCACCCCAGACUCAGCCGCCUUCAUCCAGCAGAGUCAGCUUCCCCAGCCAGCUUCGGCUCCAGUCCCCUCCACCUCACCCAUCCCCACCACGGUGGUCCUGGGCAGCCCAGCGCCCCGUCUCACUGCUCCAGUCAUCAGGCCUCAGUUCCAGCCAGUCAUAAGCAAACCAGGACUGACCCCCUCACUGGUCAUCCAGGCCCAACAGCAGAGGGCAAUAUUAAAACCUCAGGUAGCCUUACCUGCGACCCCCAUGGUGACUCUCAGGAAUCAGGCCCCUGGCCGCAUCAUGCUGGGACAGCAACAGGUCCAGCUGAAAGCGCUGCAGCCAGUUCCUGUGAGGCCGGAGGUGUCACCCUUUUCUAGACACGUCUCUGCUGCAUCCUUGAGCCUGGCUCAAAAGAACAAGCUGAAAGAGGUGGGCGGCAGAGAUGAGGACGACAUCAACGACGUGACCUCCAUGGCCGGAGUGAACCUAUCGGAGGAAAGUGCUAAUAUCCUCGCAACCAAUUCUGGACUCGUGGGAGCGGUGACGCGUUCCUGUAAGGACGCGGCUUUCCUCCCCUUUGCCAUCCUACAGAAGAGAAUGCAGGAGAUAGGUCGGAGGUAUGGUGUGACCGACCUGGGUGCGGAGGCGGUGAACUUUGUCUCCCACGCGACUCAGCAGCGGCUCCAGAACCUGUUGGGGAAGGUUUCCCAUGUGGCUCAGCAGAGAAACGCCAACUUCAAGGAGGAUGACACUUGCGAGCAGAGCAGUGAUGUUCGUGCUCAGCUCAAGUUCUUUGAGCAUUUGGACCAUCUGGAGAAACAACGGAAGGAGGGGCAGGAGAGAGAGAUCCUCCUGAAGGCAGCUAAGUCUCGAGCUCGGCAGGAGGACCCAGAGCAGCUGCGGCUGAAGCAGAAGGCGAAAGAGAUGCAGCAGCAGGAGCUGGCUCAGAUAAGACAGAAGGAGGCCAACCUCACCGCAUUGGCAGCCAUCGGUCCCUGGAAGAAGAGGAAGAUGCUGGACUCUCCGUCCUCCUCCGCUGCAGCCGAGGCGGGUCCCUCUCUGUCCGGUGGGGCGUCGGCGUCGGCCUCCAGACCCACGAGGCAGCGCAUCACACGCGUCAAUCUCAGGGACCUGCUCUUCUGUUUGGAGAACGAACGAUCCACCAGUCACUCCCACUUCCUCUACAAGGGCUUCCUCAAAUAGGCCUGGUGUCAGAGGGGUGCGUGUGCGUGUGUGUGUGUAGAGAGGUCAACCCCUCCCACCACAGAGACAGACUCUUCUGAAUGAUGAACAGGAGGAGGAGGGCAGCGUCUCGUCACUUCAGAUACACCUGAUAACCUGAAGUACAGUAAAGUACAGUAAAGGUGCACCACUUAUGGACUAUUCCUAUUUACUCUGUUGCAGUAGUGGAUUAAGUGUGUCAUGAGGAAGGGUUCCUGUUUGAACAAAUGGCUUAUUGUAUGCACUGUCACUCAGUACAGUAUAUUUUUUUUGAUUAUUUGUAUGCUCAUUAGACUUCAAAGCGACGGAAAUCAUUUUUAGUUUUAAUAGACUACCGACUAAUUUGAUUGAAGAUUUUAUUUUUGAUUUGUUAACUGAACUGUGUAACCUACUGAGUUGCCUUCCUAGCUAUGAAUAAGCCAUAUAGCCACGCUGCAGCGAUUAACCGCUCCGUCUGUCGUCUCCAUCACUAUACUUUUAUUUGUUUCAGCAUAUUUAUUCCUAAAACUCGAGCUUAAUUAAUGUUAGAUAUUUAUUUAAUUUCCCGUUUCACGUAGCGUGAAUUCAAAACAAAAAAAGAAGCAUCGACCUGCAUAGGAAGUGUUUUAAAAUCAGUUUUGAUCUGCUGUUGGGUGUGCGUAGAUUUCAGUGAGUGAAGAGGGGUUUGUUCUUUGUUAUCUUUUAGUUUUUUAAUCUUUUAAAUUGUUCUUUUUAAAAGUAGUUUAACAUGUAUUGACUUCUCAAACCGAAUAGGUUUCAGAAAGCUUUUAACCCUGUAUUGCUAUACCAAACCAUACAUCUACCUGAAAGUGAUUUCUAUUUUUGUAGAUGCCCACAGACACACACAUUUUUACUUUUUUCAAUAGUGACUGACCGCGUCCUCCGACUCAAGAAGGUGGAGUAUCUUCUUGUAUGUUUGUAAAUGUCACACCUGAGGUUUACACAUGGUUUUGUAUAGAAUUGAGAAUUUACCCACCCGGCAUAAAGAAAUUAAAUAGUUUGAAUAAAUACUGAUUUUACAGGA